AUGCGGCUGGCUUCCGUGGUCCUUCCUGGCCUCCUGUGGCUUCACGGCUUCCGGCCGGGCUCCCCGCACAGCAGCCCCGGCGCCCACCAGGCCGUGUUUGCCGAGGCAGAAGUCCGGGAAAUCCCGGCGGCCGUGGGCGCGGCCAUCACGGAGAUCUGCUUCACGGCCACCGGCAUCUCCAGGGUCCCCGCGGGCGCCUUCCGCCACAUGCCGCGCCUGACCAAGGUGGAGUUCCUGCAGAACCGGCUCCACACGGUGGAGGUGGGCGCCUUCGACCAGCUGGCCCAGCUGACGCAGCUGGAGAUCUCCGGCGCCCCCACGCUGCAAGCGCUGCCGCUGGGGAGCCUGCGCGGGCUGGGGAGCCUGCGCCGGCUCAGCUUGAAGAACAACCGCGUCCGACAGGUGCCGGCGGGCCUCUUCGGCGACCUGGGCAGCCUCGAGGAGCUCUUCCUGAACGACAACGCCAUCUGGGCGCUCCCCGAAGGCCUCUUCCAGGGGCUGCACCGGCUGAGGCUCCUGCACCUGGGCAGAAACCGGCUGGCCGCCCUGCCUGGCCGCCUGCUGCGCCCCCUGGGCCUUCUGCACGUCCUGCGCCUCGGGGACAACCAGCUCCGAGCGCUGCCCUCCGGCCUCCUGGACGGCCUCGAGGAGCUGCGCGAGCUGGGCCUUCAGGGUAACGGGCUCAGAGAGCUGCCCGCCGGCUUCCUGCACCGCCUGGCCCAGCUGGAGAGGCUGAGCCUGGAGCGCAACGGGCUGGAGCGCCUGGAGGCCGGCGCCUUCGCGGGGGCUUCGCAGCUGCGGCAGCUCAAGCUCGCCUCCAACCGCCUCCGCCAGCUGCCCGAGCAGCUGUUCGAGCACCUACCGCACCUGGCCGAGCUGGAUGGCAGCCACAACCAGCUGCGCCGGCUGCCAGCCCGGGCCCCGGGGGCUGGGCCCCAUGGCCUCCGCAGGCUGCUCCUCUCCCACAACCAGCUCCCUGCCCUGCCCCCGGGCUCGCUCCUCCAGGGCUUUCCUAACCUGACCCAGCUGGAUGUGGGGGGCAACCGCAUCGCCAUGGUGCACCUCGGCCAACUGGCGCCUCUGGCCCACCUCCAGAGCCUCUCCCUUCAGGCCAACCGGCUCCAGAGUGUGCCCCAAGGCGUCUUCGAGACCCUGCCCCGGCUUACCUCCCUGGCUCUGGGGGGCAACCCUUGGCAAUGUGACUGCCACCUCCGCUAUCUUCACCGCUGGAUCCGGAGCAACCCGAGGAAGCAACCCAGGCCACCUGCAGGGCAGGAGCAUCGACUCACUAGCAGAGGACCAGCUCGUCUGCCCGUCUACACGGCCAGCCUCUCGGCCCCCCAGAGAACCAACGACGAGCCCGCCAGCAACUAA